CAAAAAAUUUCUUUAGUAGCUCUUCAUUGAAGUCUCCGAGAGAUUGAGAGACUGUACGGAAAUGGCUGAAUGUUACGAAAACCAAGGGCUUUUAGAUGAAAAAGAGUGUGAUGGUGGACACAGAAGACGCAUGUCUCCGUUUUGUGACCCGAAUCAUUUACUGCACCGAAUUGUCGUUCUUGUUUUUAUGUGUUUUUUGGGAUUCGGAAGCUACUUCUGUUAUGACAAUCCUGCUGCUCUUCAGAAACAAGUCAUCAAGGAUAUGCAGUUAAACACCUCCAAAUUCAUGCAGCUUUAUGCCUGGUACUCAUGGCCCAAUGUAUUUCUCUGUUUUCUGGGAGGAUUUUUGCUGGACAGGGUGUUUGGCAUCAGGUUGGGGACAGUCAUUUUUGCCCUCUUUGUGUGUGUCGGACAGGUAAUAUUUGCCCUUGGUGCUUUGGUCAACCAUUUCUGGCUGAUGGAAUUUGGGCGCUUUAUUUUCGGUAUUGGAGGAGAAUCUUUGGCUGUGGCUCAGAACACGUACGCAGUGAAUUGGUUCAAGGGGAAGGAGCUUAACCUGGUAUUCGGCUUGCAGCUCAGCAUGGCGAGAGUGGGCAGCACAGUGAACAUGAACAUCAUGAGCUGGGUGUAUGAUAUAAUGACUGACGUGUUGGGGCACACGGGUCACUUCACUCUCGGAGCUGCACUCAUGAUCGCGGCUUCGACAUGCGUCUUAUCUCUGAUCUGUGCUCUGUUACUGGCCUACUUUGACAAGCGAGCAGAGAGGAUACUCAACAAGGAGCAGGGAAAAACCGGUGAAGUGAUCAAACUGACGGACGUAAAAGACUUCCCUUUGCAACUGUGGAUGAUCUUCAUCAUCUGUGUGGGAUAUUAUGUGGCCAUAUUCCCAUUUAUUGGCUUGGGACAGGUUUUCUUCAUUGAGAAGUUUAACUUCUCUCCGACCCAGGCGAGAGCGAUCAACAGCAUUGUGUACGUCAUCUCUGCUCCAGCCUCCCCUGUAUUGGGUUUCAUGGUGGAUAAAACAGGCAAGAACAUCACAUGGGUUCUGUUUGCUGUGGUCGCCACGCUAAUUGCUCACAUGAUGUUGGCUUUCACCUUCUGGAACCCCUGGAUUGCUAUGGUCCUCUUGGGUAUGUCAUAUUCACUGUUGGCCUGCGCUCUCUGGCCAAUGGUGGCGUUUGUAGUUCCAGAGCACCAACUGGGCACAGCAUAUGGAUUUAUGCAGUCCAUACAGAACCUGGGUUUGGCACUUAUCUCUAUGGCAGCAGGAGGGAUUCUUGACAGCAAGGGUUACCUCUUCCUGGAGGUUUUCUUCUGUGCAUGCAUCUGCUUGUCCCUGAUAGCAGUGGUAGUGCUUUACUUUGUGGAUUUUAUCCGAGGUGGAGACCUAAACCUUUCAGCCUCAGCCCGAGCCAAACUCCAGAAGGGCUUGUCUGCUGAUUCAGAGUGAUAGAUGUGUCACUGGCUCCACCCUUCCUGCUGUGAUCUGUCUCACUGGACACCUCACCUGUCAAUCACUCACCUAUGGGCAUUUCUGCACUACUUAUUCUUCUUCAUCACACUGACCGGUCUAAUCUCAUCCCAGCAGUCUAGGGGCCUCUCAAUCAGCGCAGAUAGAACUUCUUCCUGCAGAUAGAACUUUUAAUAAUGCUGUGUUAAAUGUACAGGCUGAGAGGGGAUGGAAUCGAUUUGUCUGGUUGGGUCACACCGGAGACGACAUCCUGCUACUCUCUUAACUCCACCUCAGGGCAGCUGGCACUCAGUUAUGGACACUGAAAAUACCACUUUCUUUUUACUCUUGUUAUCAUUUGGGUCAGUUGUUUCCACAGAACUUUGCACUGGUGAAUCUUCAUCACCUGGGAUGUAGCUUAUCAUUUGUCUCUUCACAGGUUCACGGCCAAGUUGUGGCUCUUUCUAGCAUAUAUACUGUAAGACCUCACUUGUCAGAUGAGUCAGGUUUAUUACUUCUGGUUUUCUUUUAUUUUAAUUAUUAUUAUUUUAUCUAUAUUUUGUUCCAAUCUUAACAAUUGUUCAAAUCAUUUUAAAUAUAAAUAGUGACCUUACAAUUGCAUGUAGUUAAGUAAUCAGCAUGUGUAGUAUCUGUUCCAAGGUAUAUUCUUUGGCAUUCAUCAAGGAAAUUGAGAACUGAUGUCAUAACUCCAAAUACUAUGACCGUAAUUAUACUGUGUGUGUGUCUCUGUGUCUGUUUGUCUUUGUGUCUGUGUGUGUCUGUGCGUGUCUCUGUGUGUCUCUGUGUCUGUAUGUCUGUAUGUCUGUCUAUCUGUGUCUGUGUGUCUGUCUGUGUCUUUGUGUGUGUCUGUCUGUGUGUGUGUUCUGUAUGUAUAUAUUUGAACUCAAAAGAUUUAUCAGAACUUUUUUAAAUAUUUCAGAGUUUAGGAUAUUUGCCAUGGCGGUUUGUUUGGGAAUUUUAUAUUCAAAGCAAGUAUUGUAGGAGCAAUUUAAUGCUUUGUCCUCUUAUUUUAUACAUAUACAUAUUGUCUUUUAUUUUCUCUUGUUAAAUGGAGGCUAAAGGCUAAUGUUAACAGCAAAUAUGCUUUAAAAUGAUUUCCAUGUAUCUGCAUUUCAAAAUUCAUUUAUGUUGAUUAACCUCAUAGGACUUACAGUACUUAAGAGGCUGGCGGCGUGUUCCGGUUUUUAACAUGCCACGUGCCAGUUUCUGCUUUCACCUGUAAAGACGCUCAAAGAAAGGCGGAUACAAGAGGGUUGUUUUUAAUAGGUUUUUAAUAAAUUUUGUUUUUUUUCUUUUUUUAAAUACUAACACGUUUUUGCUUAGCUUACCCGAAACCACAUCGUACUUGGUGAUUUGUACAAUCCGUUUCCUUCAGUCUUACUGCUUUAUUAACUAGCUAUCAGAUAAAAGUAAUAAAGAUAAAUCAGCCCUCAUGUUGGAUGUAAUGGUAAUCUUAAACAACUUCAUCCAUCUUAUUUGCGGUAGGUUCUACUUCUAAAGUCUGCUUGAUUAAUAGCUAAGCUAGUGUGUUCCUGGGGAAAUAACAAGGAAGUCAAUGAGGGUCUUUUAAGGACAAUCUUCCAAUCCAUGUAUCCAAGAAUGUUUAGUCUUGUUUACUUUGGAAUCUGAGUAAGUGAUUUUUGUUCAGAGCACUUAUUGCCAACUGGUUUUCCUUUAUUAGUAAAAUUUUUUGCACUUCUAAGCAAUAAAAUAGUGAAUAGGAACGCUUUGCCAUUAGGACAGAAAUCUUGGAUACAAACGCUUUGGCUUCACACUAAUCAUUGCAAAUGAAUUCAUAUUAACCUCGUAGCAUAAUGAUGAAUACCAGAAAAACUGACAGACUCUACUCUGCAAACUAUGGGAGAAGAAUAAUAAUGGGUUGUGUUGAAACUUUCUCAGUAUUCCCAUUGGGAUUGAGCUUUUAUCUUGCUGUUAGUUGUUUAAUAUGGAAAUGAGUUACUGCAUUUGUGACUGUGUAAUUAGGUUGAUUAAAGACUAUUGUGAAACGUUUGUAAGGGCGACGAGGUCCCCGUUGGUGUGGUUUAAACCCUCUGAUAUGAUGCUAGAUGUUGAGUCAUGUUCAUGAUUCACACUGAAACUCAUUGCCUCAGGAUGAGGGUUUGGAUUAGAGCUUGCAGCUUUCUCUGUUCAAAAGUGGCCUCAGGUCUGAUCUAGAGAAAUUAAAUUAGACUAUUUUUGUACUGCAUAAGCUCUGAGUAUUGGAAGAACAAAUAAAUGAUAAAGUGAUUUCA